GCCUUCUGAGGGAUUUGUUGUGCAGAAUAAUCACAGCCGAGAACAAUGUGGCUCCUGAUUCUUUUAGUCUGGUUGGUCAUAUGGGCUGGCGGCACCUACUGGUACCUGUUCAGGAAGCCCAGUCCUUUCUCCCUGGAGUCGGUGAGACCCCCUGGACCUCGUGAGUUUGACCAGAAGAAGAGAGACAAAGUCAUCAAGCAAGGUUUCAGUGUCGACAAAGUGCCCCAGAACCUGGAUGUGAUUGUAAUUGGAAGUGGGAUUGGUGGACUGACAGCUGGGGCCACACUUGCUAAAGCAGGAAAGAAAGUUCUGGUUCUGGAACAGCAUGACCAGGCUGGAGGCUGCUGCCACACUUACAUAGAAAAAGGUUUUGAGUUUGAUGUUGGUCUUCAUUACAUUGGUCAGGUCCAUGAGAACGGUCUGCUUCGAAUUGCUUUUGACCAGAUCACUGAGGGCCAGCUGGAGUUUCAGGAGCUAGAGCCACAUUUUGACACCAUCCAAAUUGGCCUUGGUGAUCAGAAGAGAGAGUACACGAUUUUCUCUGGGAAACAUGAGAUGAAAGCCCACCUGAUGAAGCAAUUUCCGAACGAGACAGAGGCUAUUGAGACAUUCUUCAAAAUAAUGAAGGUCUCAGCUAAGAAGACCCACUACCUGGCAAGUAUGAAGCUUAUUCCCCAGUGGGUCUGUUUAUUUCUGCUGAAGUCAGGCAUCGCAGAUCUCGUCUCCCCAGUCUUUCGGCUCUCUGGCACGCCUGCAACUGAUUUCAUUAACACCUUGACCAAAAACAAGGACCUCCAACUCGUCUUUUCUUACUUUUUCUAUGGUGUACCUCCAAAGGAGUCCAGCAUACUGAUCAACGCCCUCCUGAUCCAUCAUUACAAACGAGGUGCCUACUACCCUAAAGGUGGAGCCAGUGAGAUCGCCUUCCACAUUAUCCAAACUAUUCAGAAAUAUGGAGGGAACUGUCUGGUUAGAGCCCCUGUCUCUCAGAUCCUGGUUGAUGAGAAGGGAUCAGCCUACGGUGUGAAGGUGAAGAAAGGUCAGGAGGAAGUGGAGGUCCAUGCACCUGUAGUGGUUUCAAACUGUGGCGUCUUUACCACCUUCCAGAAACUCCUAACACCUGAGAUUCAGGUGAAACAUGAUAUUCAGGAAAGACUGAACAUGAUGAAGCACGGCAGAGGGUCAUUCUUGAUCUUUUCUGGCUUUGAUGGAACUGCAGAGGAACUGGGUCUUGUGUCUACAAACUUCUGGGUUUUCAAAGACAAUGACAUGGAUAAGUCGAUGGAGGACUUUUUUGCAAUGAGUAAAGAGGAGGCACCUGAUAAUAUCCCCAUGAUGUUCAUCACAGUACCAUCUGCAAAAGAUCCUGAAGCCAAAAUACGUCAUCCAGGAAAAUCUUGCAUGACGAUACUGACCAUGGUCAAGUAUGAAUGGUUUGAAGAGUGGAAGAAUACUACUGUGCGGAAAAGAGGUGAUGAAUACUACAACUACAAAAUGCGAUUUGCAAAGAACCUCUUUGACUGGGCCUGUACUGUAUUCCCUAAAAUCAAAGACAAGCUUGUUUUCCAAGACGUGGCAACUCCACUGACUAAUAUGCACUAUCUGGGAGCUCAGCGUGGAGCCAUGUACUCCGCCGAGCACAACGUGGAGCGUUUUUAUGCUGAGACUGUAGCCAGGAACAGAUGCAGCACUCCUGUAAAAAAUCUCUACAUUUCAGGCCAAGAUGUGUUCAGUUGUGGCAUUGCAGGCGCUCUGCAUGGCGGACUCCUCUGCGCCUCCACAGUGUUGGAUCACAUCGUCUACAUCAACCUACUCUUCCUCAAAAAGAAGCUGAAGAGAAAGAAAGCCAGAGAGCUGGCCCAGCUGGAUAAGAAGAAACUGUAGGGCGAAAACUUCUCACUACCAUCCCCUGCAGGAAGAUUAGGAAAAUGCAAAACACGAUGAAGCCAAAAUGUUUGGUUUCCAUGGGGACAGUGAGAUUUUAUAUUUGUACUGCUUGUUUAAUGUGGUGAAUUAUUAUUAUUAUUAUUAUUAUUAUAUGAAAGCUCUGUUUUUUUGGUUUAAGUGUACCAAUAUUAAGAAAAUAGGAUGGAGCAUGGGACCAUUAAAGCUGAAGAAGUUGUUAUGGGUUUUCUGUUGUAAUUUAGAUCUAAACUAGUUGGAUAUAAAUGAGCCUGAAUAUUUAAUUAUAUUUUGUGGCUAUUGGUAUUCUACUAGUAUUUGUUCCAGAGCUUGGGCUGGUUUUACUAGGGAUUAGUUUAUCUUAAAGGGAUAGAUCAGAUAUUUUGAAUGAGUAGUAAAUACUGCCAUAUUGUCCCUGCAGAAAAUGGCUUAGCAUUUUCACUUUGAUUAAACAGAGGUUUCCACUAAAACAACACAAUAGAGAGCAAACCAGAUUUGUUCAUGCAAGAUCAGUUCAUGCAAACUGUACUUAGCGAACUUUGAAGUCACAGACACACCUGUAUUGGACUGUUAUUUACAUUGACUACUUGCAUUAUUUAAAAAGAAAAAACAACCAAAAAACAGUAACAGUGUUACCUUAAAAUGGCCCAGAGAAGGUGCAGAUGUAAACUCAACUGUCUGUUGUUGCAUUUUUGUAAACAAACCUUAGGGUAUUGCUCUGCAUCUUAUGAUAUUGAUAGUAGAAAGAAAAAUGCAUGAGAAAUUGUUUUAAACAAUUUAAGCAUAAGCUGUUUAGCUGAAACCCAGAAUUUUGUUCUCAUAUAUUAUAUAUAAGAAAAAUAUGUAUAUUGAUAUAUUAAUCAAAAUAUCUUUUUAUGAUUUUUAGAAUGGUUAAGUCAAAAUGGGCUUAUAGAGGCCAGACUCCAUGCAUGUCAGCAAAUGAUUAAAUUAAAUAUUACCUAA